AGACAACCAAAACAAUCAUGAAGCUCCCAGCUUUUCUCGUCACACUCUGUCUUAUGGCACUCUACCUUAAGGUAGCCAAAGCUCUUACGCCUCUCAAUGGCACUCUGUUUCAAUCCACAUUUGUGUCAGCGCGAGUGGUUCCGAUGAACUCGAUGAUUCAGUCAUCAGCUACCUUGAGGGCCAAGGGUCCAACAUCAUUUACGGUGGUGGCGACGGUCCAUCUACUUGCGGCAACUCUACACUUGUUCCCUGUCCUCUAUUCGCUAUCACAGAUGGAGACAGCCUUUAUCUCAGCAAGGUCCUCCGCGUGUACAUUGACACGUACAGAACGUUCGUGACUGGUACGUAUGAGUCGAACGGGGGAUACAAGGCAUUUACUCAGUCUGAAGCCGACUGGGGAUAUGCUAUGAUUCCAGUUCCUUCCCGGCUCUACAGCACAGACGACACGAGGCCCAUGGCGGGUCAGCGAGUUGCCGUGAAGGACAUUUAUGAUCUCGAGGGAAUCCAGACGACUGCGGGUAGCAGAGCCUAUGCUGCAGUCAACGGUAUCGCAAGUAAGACUGCGCCAGCUCUCCAGCAAAUCAUCAAUCUCGGUGGCGUUGUCGUCGGCAAGCAAAAAACUGCCCAGUUCGCCUCCCCGCAGAGCCCCUGGAACUGGAAUGAUGCAUUCUAUCCCCGCAGCCCUCGCGGAGACACUUUCCUUAGCUGCUCGGGCUCCUCUUCUGGCGCUGGCUGCUCCAUCGCUGCUUACGACUGGUUGGACUUUGCCAUUGGCACCGAUACCGGUCUUUCCAUGAGACAGCCGGCCGCAUUUUCUGGGACCUACGGCAAUAGGCCUUCCCAGGGCAUGAUCCUCAUGGAGAACAUUAUCACCAAUGCUUUCAAUGCCGAUACUGCCGGCGUCUUCUGUCGCGAUCCCGUCAAAUGGGCCUCGUUUGCAAAGGCAUGGUACGACCCAUUACUCCACCAAGACACCUCUUUGAACGGAUUGCCUGCUCUCUCCGUCUCCGACGAUCGUACGUUCCCCAAGCGAAUUCUGUACCCUGUCGACCAUCUCCCGCUGCAGAACCCCGCCGCAGAGACCAUUCUCCAGAAGUUUCUCAGCGAUGCAUCAGCAGCUCUUGGCGCCACUGUGGAGAAGGUCAACCUUACCGAGACGAUCGAGGACGUGACCGGACGACCCAUCUUGCAACUCCUCGGAGACUUGCUUGUUCUGUGGACACACGAUUUGAUCACGGAGACUGCUCAGCCCCUCCUAGCCCAGUAUGCUCCGGCUUUUCCGCCCCUUGACGACCCUUACCGCGGUGCGUUCCACUCCCUAACGGUCGAUGACAACGUCUACAAGGCGGCAAUGACGAACCGGACCCGCGAUGCUGCCUUGUGGCACGAGAAAGCCCUCUUCUCCACCGACACAUCAUGUUCUGAGGCCAUCUUUGUUUAUGAUGUCGGAACAGGCGGCAUUCCUACUUUCCGAUCUCAGGACCUCAACAGCGACCCUGGUUCGACGACCCCUGUGAACCCUACAACUCCUCAAGCAGGAUCGACUGUGGCUUCUUACUUUGGCGACGCAGACUACACCAUUCCCAUUGGUCAAGUCUCCUACUUCAGCAAUGUCACUUUCCAGGAUGAGAUCAUGCCUAUCACCGUCAAUCUUGUGGCCAAGCGCGGCUGCGACUUUGUCUUAUUCAACCUGGUCAACGAUUUGGCUGACAAGGGUAUCUUAAAGACGGUCUCAACAGGACAGCAGGCUUUUGCUUCUUAGAUCAGAAAUCACUCACAAGUGGCUCCACAGAUUUGAGUUCCCUUAGAAUAGAGAAAGACGAGCAUACGGUCAUCAUGUUGAUGUCGCUUGCGUGGCGACGGCUCGAAAUGCUCAACUCCGGCUGACAUCGCCAGAGCUAUUGGACCCAGAUCAAUCGAAUACAUUCAGCCAAUCAACC